CAAUUCCUUCCUUUCAACCCAUCCACUCUUUUCAUUCCAUUCCUUCACCAAAACAACAACCAUGCACGUCCUCAGCACCCUCAGCACCCUCGCCAUCCUCCCCUCCGCCCUCGGCGCCGUCCUCCCCGCAGCCCUCCAAAGCACCACCAAACUCACCAAGCGCGACUCCUGGGGCGGCAGCGUCUCCCUCGGCCCAACCACCUCCGACAUCAUCAACGCCGUCACCACCAUCAUCCCCGGCGUCGCGCCCUCCACCCAAAACGGCGAACUCUUCCUCUGGCCCGGCAUGAGCAACGGCACCGGCGACCUCAUCCAAACCACACUCGAAAGCUGGCCCAGCAACGCCUGGUGCGGUGCCACCACGGGCCAGUGGUGUGUUCGCGCCAGUAUCUUCGGCUCCUUUGGCCAGUUGGACGGUACCGGUUCGCCUGUUAGCGCCGACGACCACGUUCGUAUCGAAUAUAACCUCGCUUCUGAUGGCGAGACAUGGACGCAGAAUGUUACGAAUGCGUUGACUGGUGCUGCGUUGUCUAGUUACUCCUAUGCCGCGGGGCCGUACAUGACUGGAUACGGCACCGGCACCGAAUGCGACAGCGACUGCACCGGCACUGUCGCCUCCCAGCUAUACAUCAACACGACUAUCACUCUCCGUGAAGCGGAUACUAGCUUCGGGGAUACUAUUGCCACUGGUGCGGGCGCGACUUAUACCGGUCUGACCUCUAGUGAGGGUGGUAAGGUGUGGAAGAUUGCUACUAUUAGUAUUCCUGCCAUGGGGUCGGAGACGGCAGUUGCUUCGUCUACCUCCGAGGCUACUCAUGCUACUCCUACCCCGACGACAGCGGUUGUAGUGGAGGAGACAAGUUCCGUGGCUACGUCGACGGCUCAGGAGACUGGUGCUGCGGAGACUGGCGCGAAGACUGGAUUUAGGUCUGGUGCUGGGUCUGGGUCAGGUUCUUUCUCGGGGUUCGGUGCUGGAUUCCCUUCUUCGGGAGAGGACUGCUCUGAGCAGUAA